UGGUUGUGCUGCAGCAGGACAGUGUGCGGCACACACGGACCCGUCACCGCCAGCGGCGGCUGGAACCGAGGUGAUCGAGGCAGCUGCCGGCUGCACAGCGGAGGGUCACCCAUGCCCCAGGGCCCUCACUGCCAGGGCAGAGGAGCUGCCGAGGGCCAGUAGGAAGCCAGGCAUCCCACACUGCUCCCCAUGCGGCUCGCGGCCCAGCGGAGGGAUGUCCCAGACGUAUCUCCUCAGCCUCCUGCUGCUGCUGCUCUGCUGCCAGGGUCACUGCUGUGCCCGGCACAGUGGCCCCCACUGGCAGGGCAUGGAUGACACUCCACCGUGCCCCCAGGGCCCCUCAGCCCAGAUCACAGAUUUCCUCUUCGAGAGCUGGAAGGCGUACAGCGAGGAGUGCCACCGCAACAUGAGCCGCCUGCCCGCGCCCACAGAGCUGGUCUGUAACCGCACCUUCGACAAGUUCUCCUGCUGGCCUGACACGCUGCCCAACAGCACUGCCAGUGUCCCCUGCCCCUGGUUCCUGCCCUGGUACCAGAAAGUGAAGCACAGACAUGUCUUCAAGACCUGCGGGCCGGACGGGCAGUGGCUGAUGGGCCCUCGGGGACAGUCUCUGCGCGAUGCCACGCAGUGUGAGCUUGACGCUGAGGACCUGGAGGCGCAGGAAAAAUUUGCCAAGACCUAUGGCAGCUUCAAGGUGAUGUACACCGUGGGCUACUCAGUGUCACUGUGUGCGCUGCUCCUCGCCCUGGCCCUGCUGCUGGGCUUCAGCAAACUGCACUGCAUGAGGAACUACAUCCACAUGAAUCUCUUCGCCUCCUUCAUCCUGAAGGGCAUCUCCGUGCUGGUCAUCGAUGCCCUGCUCAAGACCCACUACAGUGACAAGAUCGACGGCUACAACGUGCACAUCUGGCUGAGUGAUGAGGCGGCCGCGGGCUGCCGGACGGCUACAGUCUUCAUGCAGUACGGCAUCGUGGCCAACUACUGCUGGCUGCUGGUAGAGGGCAUCUACCUGCACAACCUCCUGGUCGUGGCCGUCUUCUCUGAGAGGAGCUACUUCACCCUCUACCUGUGCAUUGGCUGGGGGGCGCCUGUGCUGUUCCUCAUCCCCUGGGUCGUUGUGAAGUUUCUCUAUGAAAACAUCCAGUGCUGGACCACCAAUAACAACAUGGGCUUCUGGUGGAUCCUUCGCUUUCCCGUGUUCUUGGCCAUCCUGAUCAACUUCUUCAUCUUCAUCCGCAUCAUCCAGAUCCUUGUCUCCAAGCUCCGUGCGCACCAGAUGCGCUACACUGACUACAAGUUCAGGCUGGCCAAGUCCACGCUGACGCUGAUCCCACUGCUGGGCAUCCAUGAGGUGGUCUUUGCAUUUGUCACAGACGAGCACGCCCAGGGCACCCUGCGCUAUGUCAAGCUCUUCUUUGACCUCUUCCUGAGCUCCUUCCAUGGGAUGCUGGUGGCCAUUCUCUACUGCUUCGUCAACAAGGAGGUGCAGGCAGAGCUGCUGAAGAGGUGGCAGCGCUGGAAGCUGGGGAAGGACCUGGCAGAGGAGUACAAGAACACUUACAGCCAUGCACCCAGCGCCCGCAAUGGUGCCGGCAGCACCUGUGAGAAGCAUCAGCUGGUAAGCAGCUGUGCCAACGGGCUGGGGCGCAGCCCAGCCGCCAUGCGUCCCAGCACCCACUACCUCGAGAGGACCGGCCGCAGCACCGCUGAGCACCUUGCCCUGGAGGACCGACACCACUGCUACGAGUUCCCCGAGACCACAGCUGAGAGCCACUUCUGAGCCUGCAGCUGGAGUGGGACGGCUGUGCUGGCCCCGCUGCCGCAGGCUGAGCCAGCUGGGGGCGGCUGCCGCCUCCCACCCCAGCUCCGUUCUCCUCCGGGUGGGGUGCAGGCUGUGUGGGACCCUGCCCACCCCGGUGGGGACGCUGUGCUGUGCCAGAUGUGCAUGGGACAAUGGAUGCGGCUAGGCCAGCUGCAGGUGAGGCACGGUGAAUGGGACCUGGACCUCUACGGGGAGGGGAUCUGUGGGGUGGGGGAUCUGUGUGGGGUGGGGGUGUGGGGUUCAUCCUGUGGUGCUGCCCUCGUGCGCCUUCGAGACCCUUUGCGCAGUGCUGUAAUUUAUCUGUCGUAACUGUAAAUAGGUGUGGGCCCAUGCCGGGCUGCAGGGCCA